AUGCCUGGCGUAGUGACACAACCAUCUGUACAGGUGCCGAAUAAACGGCAUUUGCAGGAGACUGCCCUCUCGCGCCAAAAUCAGCAAGCCUCGCCGCAGAAGAAACGCAAGCUUGGAGACUCGAAGCCGGUAUUCAAGACUCCAGCAAGGAGAGGUCCAGAUGGCAAGCCUAUUGGGUCUAGUCAGCCCAAGAGCCAGUUUGAAGAGGAAGUUCUCGAGAAGCUCACACAAGACAUCGAUGCCUUGAAGCACAAGAAUGCGGAGAAGGACCAGCACUGGGCAAGACCAAGCUUGGAUGACUUCAACGACAAGACGGAUGUGGUGUCAUUCCAGGCGAUUGACGCUGAAGAGGGCACUCUGCAUGGCGGUAAGGCAACUGUCAAGCUGUUUGGUGUGUCUGAAGCCGGCCACUCCGUCCUACUGCACGUCACGGACUUUCUACACUACCUCUACGUCGCGGCACCAAUCGCCUUUACGAAGAAUGAUUGCGAGCCAUUCAAAAUAUAUCUUGAAGGAUGCCUGGCUCAGCAUCAGACCGCCAUACAAUCAGUCCAGAUGGUCAUGCGGGAGAACAUGUUUGGCUUCCAGGGAAACACAAAGAGCCCAUACCUCAAGUUGACCGUCACGGACCCCAAAUACAUCAAUCGGCUACGCACGACAAUCGAAGGGGGCAAUGCCAACUGGAAGGGGCUCUGGAAAGCGGCCGAGGGUGGCAUUCUGAYAUUUGACAGCAUUCAAUACGUCCUUCGCUUCAUGGUCGACACCAAGAUUUCUGGAAUGUCGUGGGUUUCCGUUAAUGCCGGAAAGUAUCAUGUCAUUCCAAUGCGAGACCGCCAAUCGAACUGCCAGAUCGAGGCUUAUUGCCACUUCCGAGACAUCAUUGCACAUCCCACUGAUGGAGAGUGGUCGAAAAUGGCACCCCUCCGAGUCUUGAGCUUUGACAUUGAAUGCGCUGGGCGGAAGGGUGUAUUUCCCGAAGCCAACAUCGACCCGGUGAUUCAGAUCGCCAAUGUUGUCACCCGGUAUGGUGAGGAGAAGCCGUUUGUGCGAAAUGUGUUCUGCAUGGACACGUGCAGUCUUAUUGUCAACACUCAGGUCUUCGAGUUUGAUAGCGAGGACAAGAUGCUCAUGGCGUGGCGAGACUUCCUCGAGGAGGUUGAUCCCGAUGUCAUUAUCGGCUACAACACAUCCAACUUCGACUUUCCAUAUCUCCUGGAUCGCGCGGCACAUUUGAAAGUGGCCAGAUUUCCGUAUUGGUCGCGGUUGAAGAACGUCAAGUCGGUAGCAAGGGACGCCAACUUCUCCAGCAAGCAAAUGGGGAACCGCGAUACCAAGGCCACAAACACAAACGGACGCUUGCAACUCGAUCUCCUUCAGCUCAUUCAGCGGGACUACCAGUUGAGAAGUUAUACGCUCAACUCCGUGUCUGCGCACUUUCUCAAGGAGCAAAAGGAGGAUGUGCACCACACUAUGAUCACCGAGCUGUACAACGGUACGCCGGAGUCAAGACGUCGUCUCGCCGUUUACUGCUUGAAAGACGCCUACCUUCCUCAACGUCUCAUGGACAAGCUCAUGUGUCUGGUAAACUAUACCGAAAUGGCAAGAGUCACUGGCGUGCCGUUCAACUUCCUCCUGUCGAAGGGGCAGCAGAUCAAAUUCRUCAGUCAACUGUUCCGAAAGGCUUUGGAGCAGCAACUGGUUGUCCCCAACCUCAAGUCAGAGGCCAGCGAUGAGCAAUACGAGGGUGCCACCGUCAUUGAGCCCACACGCGGGUACUACGAUGUCCCAGUCGCAACCCUCGAUUUCGCGUCCCUAUAUCCCAGCAUCAUGCAGGCCCACAAUCUUUGCUAUACCACCCUACUCAACAAGAAUGCAGUCGACAAGCUCAACCUGAAAAAGGACGAAGACUACAUUGUCACACCCAAUGGCGAUCUCUUCUGUACAGCAAAAGUCCGCAAAGGGUUGUUGUCGCAGAUUUUGGAGGAACUGCUAGGUGCUCGAAAGCGCGCGAAGAAAGAACUAGCAGUGGAGACUGAUCCGUUCAAGAAAGCUGUCCUGAACGGUCGACAGCUGGCAUUGAAGAUCAGUGCCAACUCUGUUUAUGGAUUGACGGGAGCCACGACGGGCAAGCUGCCGUGUUUGGCCAUUGCCAGCAGCACUACUUCAUACGGGCGUCAAAUGAUCGAACGGACCAAGGAAGAGGUGGAGAAGCGCUACACCAUUGCCAAUGGCUACAGCCACGAUGCGCAGGUCAUCUACGGCGACACAGAUUCCGUCAUGGUCAAAUUCGGCCCCAAUGACCUUGCAAAGGCCAUGGAGCUGGGCAACGAUGCUGCAGACUACGUCUCCAGCAAGUUUGUCAAGCCCAUUAAGCUCGAGUUCGAAAAGGUUUACUAUCCUUAUUUGCUCAUCAACAAGAAGCGUUAUGCYGGGCUAUACUGGACCAACACGGAAAAGUACGACAAGAUGGACACGAAGGGUAUCGAGACUGUGCGCAGAGACAACUGUCGGCUCGUGCAGAAUGUGAUCGAGACCAGUCUGAAGAUGUUGCUCAUCGACCAAGAUGUGCAGGGCGCCCAGGAUUAUGUCAAGGAGACUAUUUCAGAACUGCUCCAGAAUCGAGUGGACAUGUCCAACCUUGUCAUCACCAAAGCGCUGAGCAAGGUUGAUUACGCGUCCAAACAAGCUCACACCGAACUCGCAGAGCGUAUGCGCAAACGCGAUGCUGGAUCAGCACCGGCACUUGGCGAUCGUGUGGCGUACGUGAUGAUCAAGGGAGCUGCAGGAGCCAAGGGUUACGAGAAGUCCGAGGAUCCCAUGUUUGUUCUGGAACACAAUCUUCCCAUCGAUACGAAGUAUUAUCUCGACAACCAAUUGGCAAAGCCACUGGGCCGUAUUUUCGAGCCCAUUCUUGGAGAGAAGAAGGCGGGCUCUCUGUUAACUGGAGACCACACGCGCGCCAUCUCCGUCGCAGCACCCACCAUGGGUGGGUUGAUGAAGUUCACCAAAAAGACCGAAACCUGUUUGGGUUGCAAGAAGCCCUUGUCGUCGAAGGAGGAACAAGGCGGAGCGGUUGGAGCGGAGUGUCGCCCGCGUUUCGGCGAGCUGUACCAGCGAUCGCUGACCAAAGUGUCGGAGCUUGAGGUGCGUUUCGCGCGUCUCUGGACACAGUGCCAGCGCUGUCAAGGAAGUAUGCACAACGAGGUCAUUUGUUCGAGCAGAGAUUGCCCGAUCUUCUACAUGCGCAUGAAGGCCAAGAAGGAUGUGGAGGAUGCCGGAAAGGAGAUUGAGCGAUUCGAUCGCGACGGCGCGCUUUGGUAG